AUGACGAGCAUCUGCAGCAACUAUACGCACUUUCAGCUGACCAACGGCAACAUUAUGUUGCUGCAUCAGCAGCAGCAACAAUUGCAGCAACAACUGCAGCAGCAACAGCAACAACAAUUGCUGCAACACCAGCAGCAACAGCAACAACAACAACAACAGCUGAUUGCGCCCAAGCUGCCGCUGGGCAACAGCCAAUUGCAGAACAUGCAACAUUCGACAAUUGGCCCAAUGCUGGCCAAAAAGAAAUACAACUAUUCGAAUCUGCCGUACGGCGGCGGCGAACAGCUGCCGUCGGUGGCGCGUCGCAAUGCACGGGAACGGAAUCGUGUCAAGCAGGUGAACAAUGGCUUUGUCAAUUUGCGCCAACAUUUGCCACAGACUGUCAUCAAUACGCUAUCGAACGGCGGACGCGGCGCCAGCAAAAAGCUAUCCAAGGUGGACACGUUGCGCAUCGCUGUCGAGUAUAUACGCGGUCUGCAGGAUAUGCUGGACGAUGGUCAGCCAAGGCGCCAGCAGCUGUACGACGGCCUGGCGGACGAGAGCAGCAACGAUGGCAGCCAUGACUAUAACGACUAUAACGAUAGCCUGGACAGCAGCGGUGACGGCGGCCUGGCCACUGGACAAAAAUAUGCCAGACAUUCGUAUCACUCCAGCUCGCCCACGCAUUCGUAUAGCGAUGAUGCCUCCGAUUUGUCGGCCAGCUGUGUCAAGCAGGAGCUCACCGAACACGAGUCCGAGCAGCAGCAGCAGCAACAACAACAGCAGCAGCAGCAACAUUUCAAAUUCGAGUCCUUCGAUAGCUUCAGCGACGAGCAGCCCGAUGAUGAGGAGCUGCUCGACUAUAUCUCCUCGUGGCAGGAACAGUGA